AUAAUAUAAGCGAGAUUUAUUAACUGGGACUGCAGACACAUUUGCUCUAAAAGCGGAUAGAAAGAUGCAUAGAUUUAAAACAUGUAGACCAUCAAUGCAUCCUAAAAAUCACAGCAUCCCAAGUUAUAGUAUGCUGAAAUUUCGAAAUCCAUUACAUUAUGCAAGAGUACACUAAAAAAGAUGGGUUAUUUUCAGCAGCGUUGUGAAAAAGGGACAAACCCGGGUUGACUUAAAAAUGUUUAUAUUGACCCAACAACGGGUACCCAGCAUAAGUUACAAAAUCCCUUCUUGACCCAACACAGUGUUGAAAAUAACCCUGCAUUUUUUAAAGUGUAACAAAACAGUAUAUACUUGUACUUGGCCAACAUUAUUUGAUAAUAAGAUUUAGCUAAAAAUCCCAGUAAGACAUAAAAAACGUGUGACAACCUGCCCCAACUUAACAUUUAUAAAGAAAAUGCACUAGAGAACCCGAGAACAAAGUUUCAAUUUUAAAAUCUUUUAACCUUUCAGGUUAAAUAUCCACAUUAGAGUUAAGAGACAGUGCUCUUGUGUCUAACAGGACCUACGCCUGUAAUGAACUCUAAUGGCAUCACGAGUACAGUCCGUGUUUUACACGUUGCCUGGGAACAACAGCUCCCGUUUUAUUCACCACGACCCGCUCGUUUCAUCCCACCGAGUUUAACGGGAACGACAGAUACCGAAAGUCACACAACAUGGAGGAAGAGUGCACAACUUUACCAGUUUAAACAACAUCUCUGAUAAUCGACAAGAAACAUCCAACAGCGGGAAGUGAGCAUUUCACGCGAGGAAUCAUUGGACUCAAGCGCGGAGCUUUUAAGCUGGAAACAUCCGUGAACAUCUGAUCUGAGACACAACAUCAAAUAACACUGAGGGCUGCUGCUCUCCAGUAAACACUCAGUGAUGCUGUAGACGCCAAGAUUAAAAACACUUCUCAAGGAUGAAGAUCAGAGCCUCCAAAAUAAACAUUCUUGUAUCUAUUUGCUUUGUAUACCGAGUCUUGAUCAGUCCUGCGGUCUAAACUGGUACAAAGGUAGGAUGGCCAAAGCAUUCCACAGACUACUGAACUUCUUAAGGCGGGCACAGUUGCUCCUCCUUUUCCUGGGCGUGGCUUACAUCAUGGCAGGAAGUGUUUUAAUGUUUCAACGCUAUAGUUUUUCAUCACUUCAGAGAGAAACGGAUAGCAUCACGAUCCCCUCUCUACCCGCACCGCCAAGAGCUCAGGAGGAUCCUGCUGUCAGAUGGUUUUACAGGAGGAAUGGUGCCAGACUUAUGCUGGAUGUGGAGAACCAACCUGUUGAUCUGUCAGGUAGCAGAUCAGCCCAGAAACACCUCAGAUCUCACAGUUUGGAAAGCAGAUAUCAGAGACGCCGCUGGUUCCACGGAAAUACAGACGAACAGCAAAGACCUCCUGAACGUAAUCUGUUACAUAAGAAAAACAGACAUAAAGGGACCUACAUUGGAUGUUUCAUAAACAACGAAACGGAGCAUGCACUUGGAGGCAUCGUUCUUUACGACUUCCGUAAAAUGACCAGCGCCUUGUGUCAGGACACCUGCUCGGAGAGUGGAUUCCGGUAUGCAGGGCUGGAAUAUGGAGCGGAGUGUCACUGUGGCAACAGAGUCUGUGGCCGUCGGGCUCGGGGAGAGGAAUGUAAUCUGGAUUGUCGGGGAGAAAAGGGAUCCCCCUGUGGAGGAGUGGGACGCCUGUCUGUCUACAGAGCUGAGGAUCGGCUUCCUGGUCAGAGAAAAUACAGAACUGUGCACUACCACGGAUGUUUCAAGAAGCCAAAGAACUCGACUGACGACGUCCUCAACCAGACCUCUGGGCUCACACACACCCCUCAAGAGUGUAUAGAGAUCUGCACAGAACAGGAGCUGCCAUUGGCUUUUUUAAGAGGGCAGGACUGUUUCUGCGGCCACGCCCCUUUUGUCUUUACACUGCAGAGGAGUGGACAGCAACACACAUGUGGGAGGGGCAACCAAACCACCCACACCACCCCACAUGACCUCAACUACCUCCAGGUGUACAGUACGCCUGUUUUAGAUGCAAAAUGCAAAGAAAGAACCUUUCUGCCCCAGAGGUCCAGCACUCUUGUGGCCCUGUCCAGCUUUCCAGGGGCAGGAAACACCUGGCUGCGACACCUGAUCGAGUCGGCCACUGGAUUCUACACUGGCAGUUAUUACUUUGACGGAUCGCUUUAUAACAAAGGUUUUAAAGGUGAGAAAGAUCACUGGCAGAGUGGAAGAGUCCUUUGCGUCAAGACUCACGAGAGCGGCCAGCGGGAGAUUGAAAUGUUUGACUCUGCCAUCCUGCUGAUGCGAAACCCCUAUCGCUCGCUCAUGGCCGAGUUUAACCGCAAGUGUGCCGGACACCUGGGCUACGCUUCAGACGUUCACUGGAGGAGCAAAGAGUGGUUGGAGUUUGUGGACAGUUAUUCCUCCUGGUGGGUGUCUCACGCUCUGGCUUGGUUGAAGUUCGCCCGUCGCCUGCUGGUGGUCCACUUUGAGAAUCUUCAGAAAGAUCUUGUUCCACAGUUUAAGACCAUCACUGCUUUCCUGAACAUCAGCAUUCCCGAGGAAAGACUUCUCUGCACGGAAAGCAACAGAGAUGGACAUUUUAAACGCUCUGGAUCUCAUAUUCUGACCUUUGAACCCUUUACCUCUGAAAUGAGAGAACGUAUAGAUAAAUACAUCCAAACUGUUGAUAAAGCUCUCAGUGACAGAAACCUCAGUGGACUACCACAAGAGUACAUGCACAGAUGAGAUUACAUGAACACAGCUACUGCCCCCUACUGGAGUGGAUGAAGCGGACCCACAAAGUGCCUCAAAUGACGUUUCUAAAAACUUUAAAAACUCGUUUUUGGUUUGUCUUAUACUUUUGUUUAGUUGUCGAAUUUGACAUUUUACUGGACGACAGGAAUUUAUGUUUAGUUUGUAGAUUUUUUCAAUAAACUAAUUCAAUU